AAUUAUCAGAGCUCAGACGAGUUGGUCGUUGAAUGAUAUUGAAGUAACCGGUAGUGCUCGCUUCUCACUACCUAAAGCUUGCUUCCUUUUUGACCCCCUUUAUAUCGGGUAGUAAAGUAUAUUACAAAAAAGAUGAUGCAAGCUAGUUUUUGGAGUUUGGUGACCACUUCUGUCAGACCAUCAUGUGUCAAACGUAUUGUACCUGGCUUGACAGCUGCACAGCAACGCAGAUACGCUAGUACUGUGGAAGCAGAUCUAGUUGUAAUAGGUGCUGGUCCUGGUGGAUAUGUAGCAUCAAUUAAAGCUGCACAACUAGGAAUGAAAACUGUUUGUGUAGAAAAGGAUGAAACAUUAGGUGGGACUUGUCUGAAUGUUGGCUGUAUUCCAUCCAAAUCUUUAUUAAAUAGUUCACAUUAUUACCACAUGGCACAUGCUGGAGAAUUACAAAAAUUUGGCAUUAACGUUGACAAUGUUUCUAUCAAUAUUGAUCAAGUAAUGCAACAGAAACGAAGUACAGUGAAAGCCUUGACAAGUGGUAUUGCUAGUUUAUUUAAAAAAAAUAAGGUGGAAUGGGUUAAGGGUCAUGGCAAAAUUACUGGUCCAAAUCAAGUGAGCGCACUUGGUCCAGAUGGUUCAGUAGUAAGCACGAUUAAUACUAAAAACAUUAUAAUUGCCACUGGCAGUGAGGUCACGCCGUUUCCGGGUAUAGAAAUCGACGAAAAACAAAUUAUUUCAUCCACUGGAUGUUUAUCGUUAAGCGCAGUGCCAAAAAAAUUGAUAGUAAUUGGUGCUGGUGUUAUUGGGUUGGAAUUAGGCUCAGUUUGGCGCAGAUUAGGCGCUGAAGUAACAGCAGUCGAAUUUUUACCGACUAUCGGUGGAGCAGGUAUCGACGGCGAAGUUAGUCAAGCGGUACAAAAACUUUUAGUCAAGGAAAAAUGGGAUUUUAAAUUGGGAACAAAAGUCACUGGUGCGAAAAAAUCAGGCAGCGAAAUCAUCGUUUCUGUCGAAAACGCGAAAGAUCCUAGCAAAAAGGAGGAUUUAACGUGCGAUACACUUUUAGUCUGUGUUGGCAGAAGGCCCUAUACGAAAAAUUUAGGAUUAGAGGAUUUGGGAAUCGAACGAGACGAAAAGGGCAGGAUCCCUGUAAACAAUAGAUUCCAAACAGUAGUACCUUCGAUUUAUGCUAUUGGAGAUUGCAUUCAUGGGCCAAUGUUGGCUCACAAAGCCGAGGACGAAGGUGUUAUUGCGGUUGAGGGCAUUGCCGGAGGUGCCGUUCAUAUCGAUUACAAUUGCGUACCUAGUGUAAUAUAUAUACAUCCAGAAGUUGGUUGGGUAGGAAAAACGGAAGAAGACUUAAAGAAAGAGGGUAUCGAAUACAAAGUUGGAAAAUUCCCACAUAUAGCAAAUUCCAGAGCAAAAACGAAUGCAGACACGGAUGGUUUUGUUAAAGUCUUAGCUGAUAAGAGUACAGACAAAAUAUUGGGAGUACAUAUGAUUGGUGCAUACGCUGGUGAAUUGAUUAACGAGGCAGUUCUUGCAAUGGAAUAUGGAGCAAGUGCAGAAGAUGUUGCGAGAACAUGUCACGCUCAUCCGACAUUCGCGGAAGCCUUCAAGGAAGCCAAUUUAGCUGCAUAUUUCGGAAAACCUAUCAACUUUUAAAUAUAUGGAUAAAUUAUCUAUAAAACAUUAAUAUUUUGAUUCAUCGUAGCCUCGAUCUAGUCUACGUUUAAUUUCAAAUGUGUUUCAAAUGUGUCGCGGUACACUUUUAGCACCUUCCCAGGUCUCAUUAUCACUUAAUCAUAUAAGGAAAAAACUGUAAAUAAAAGUAUAUACAGGAAUUUAUGGAAACAUUACAUCUUUUAUAGUAGAUUUAUUUUUGUUGCUUUAUUAUUGUAUUUAUUAUAAAUAAAUUGGUAAUUCAUCGAAUA